AUGGCGCGUUUCGCCUAUGUUUUCGUGGCCAUGGCCGCCUUCUGCGGCUCGCCCCUCGCCCACGCCCUCACAAUUCCCGAUGAGCUCCCCGAUGGCGUCUACGAGGUCGACUGGCUGCCCGGUUUGAGGGAGGGCAUCGCCUCCAUCACCUACUUUGACAUUCCUCACGACGUCAACAUGACGGCUGUCGAGACCACCAGCAGGCUCCCGCUGCCGGUCAAGCAGCGCGACGUCAACUGCCUCCUCAAGGACAAGCGCGCCAAAAACAUCACCUGGGAGCUGACGCGCAGCGACGACCAGGCCAAGGCCAUGAACAUGCUGGGCAACUGGUGCGAGCUGGCGACGUUUGUGCAGAAGGACGCCAUGGUCUUUGCCGUCGUCAACGACAUGAUGUGGUACAUUUGCAACUGGGACAACAAGCACAACUUGCUUUCCUACCAGCAGCACUGCUCGAGGCGGGAGAUGGAGGCCGCCGCGGAGCGCAUGGACAAACAGUGCGGCAAGGACAAGCGCGCCCAGCUGAGCAUCGGGAUCUGGCAAAAGACCUAUGGCAGAAGCCAUCGCUUUGGUGACGUCUGCCACGGCAAGGACACAUGGAGCGAGCACAGCUAA